CUCCCGCAAUCUUCACCCUGCCGUUCGGCACAUAUUCUUUUGAAGGUCAGAGGUUAGAAGCAGAGACCGACGCACUCGAAGUCCUUGUUCGUAGGCAUCUUACUUCCCCACGUCAUGGCAGAACAGGCGCCCAAAGACAACACCCAGCUUGACGGCCACGAAGAUGAACAAGAACAUCCUCAUGCACAAAUAGAACUACCUCCCUCAAAUUCCUCCCACGAACACCACUCCGCGCCUCUGGUCAACAGCAAUGGGUGGGACGGAAAACUGCGUAUGCCUCCACGACACGCAGUUCUCGACAACCCAGAAGCCCUUUCCGACCCCGAGUACUCUGACCCUGACGCCCCUCCAGUUGAACAGAUCGAAGCGGACGAAGAUCUCUUGGACGACUAUCCUCUAGAUUCCGAAGACAUUGACCUCAUUCACUGCCGCAUCUCCUCCAUCCCUGCGCUCAAACUCGAACGCUUCACAAAAGUCAAAAGAAUAUGCCUACGUCAGAAUGCAAUCACAUCUAUAUCACUACCAGAGCAUCUCGGGGAGACCUUGGAGGAGUUGGAUCUCUACGACAAUCUGAUAAGUCACAUUAAAGGGCUGGAAGCCUUGAAAAACCUGACGAGUCUGGACCUGAGUUUCAACAAGAUCAAACACAUCAAGAGUGUCAAGCAUCUGCACAAAUUGACGCACCUGUUCUUCGUUCAGAAUCGGAUAUCCAAGAUUGAGAAUCUCGAGGGCCUGGAGAAUCUGACGAUGAUUGAACUGGGUGCGAACAGAAUCCGGGAAAUCGAGAAUCUGGAGCCUCUCAAACAACUACAAGAACUAUGGCUUGGAAAGAACAAGAUCACCGAGAUAAAGAACCUAUCCCCUCUCACGAAUCUGCGACUCUUGGACAUCAAGUCAAAUCGUUUGACAUCAAUCAGUGGCCUCGAAAAUCUGACGAACCUGGAGGAGCUAUAUGUCUCGCACAAUGGCAUCACUGAGAUCACACCGUCUGCAUUGGCGAACAAUACAAAACUACGCGUUCUAGAUAUCUCGAGCAAUCAGAUCUCGCAUCUCGAGAAUAUAGGACAUCUGAAGGGGCUCGAGGAGCUGUGGGCCAGCAGCAAUAAAUUGGCUGAUUUUCGAGAGGUCGAACGAGAGCUGGCCGACAAAGAGAAUCUGGAAACCGUGUACUUCGAAAUGAAUCCUCUGCAAUUGACGGGUCCGGCUGUGUACAGGAAUAAAGUGCGACUUGCUCUGCCGCAGGUCAAGCAGAUUGACGCAAGCUUUGUCAAGGUCUAGAUAUGAUACUCGAGGAACCUUCUUUCAUUUCAAAGCGCCUUCUGCCUUGUGCGAGAAUCGCGUCUGCCUGUCCUUUCCAUCCCAAACUACCCACGGAGGCGGCUGCAGAGAGUCUCUGAUCUCAUUUCUUUUCGGGACAGACUCGAGCGAGGAUGGUCGUCAAGAAAUCAGGGUCUGCUCGAGCCUUCAGGAUCGCGUCAAACUGCGUGACCAUCCGCUACCACUCCUGCGCCGAUGAAUUAAUGUACCAGACAAUAGAUCGGGGACAUUGCAUGAUGGAGGGACCAGUGAGCAUUUUCAUAGCAUGAUCGGAUCGAAAAUCGAGGCUUUCAUCCAGACCAGUACCAGCGUUAUCAGCGCAAGAGGACACUCUCGCGAGAGAUUUCUGUGGCUUCUAGGGGGAUCGCAACACCCCGGGUGAUGGAGAAGCAGGGGGUCUGCGAGAAACCAAGCACAUAUGGACCGUCGAUGUACGAAGGGCAUCCUGCAAGGGUGAUCGCUGGUGAUCAAGAACCUUUUCAGGUAGACGGAGGUGGUGGGCUUGAAAAGCUCUAAUAAGCUAAUGUGAGCAACAUGGGUGCAAAAAUACUCGCUUCCACAUCACCGUCAGAAACUCAUUCUCUCUUCUGUUUCACGGAAAGAUAGCACAGAUCCACUGAAGUUGAUUCCAUUGCCCCGUUUU